CGGACGGAUGCACGAUGAUCGGUGGUUUGGGUUUGUUUUGUUUUUUUCUGGAACCCUGCUAAGAUCCUUCUGAGACCGUGGACUCUUGCACUCUGUCUUGGGCGUGAACCUAUACACGCACACAUACACACGUACACACACACACGUACGCGCACACACACACACACACACACACGUACACACACACACGGCUCGUUACAGAGUGUCGGGACCAGAUCCCGUCGGUUCGCCGGAGCGCGCGCGCGCCCCUCCCUUUUCUCUCCCCGGCGACGCCGUGCAGGAGCGUGUCAACAAAACAUCUCAAAUAUGUGAAGAAGAAGAAGAGAAGCUGCGGGCCUUCUGUCAGACCAGCAAACGACCGUGCUUCCUAUAAAAGGACCUCUCUUUUUUUAUUUAUUUACAUUUUUUUUUAUUGUACACCGUUCUCUUAAAUAUGUCCUCGGAAUGCACGCGGUUUCGACCGAUUGCUGUUUCAUCGCAGGCCUGAGUGGAGAAUGAGAGUGCUGUGGCUCGGCAUGACCGUUUGGGCCUCUAUGGACCUGGCAUGAUUGGUCCAGCUAGCUGGCAGCGGCGGGAUUAUGCUGACGUGCAUCCAGCAUGACUCCGCUGGACUUGUGGCUCUCGCGCUCCAUCCCCAUGUGCCUCCUGCUGCAGAGCCUGGUGCUCAUGGCCCUCUGCUUCCCAUCAGCCAGUAUGUGCCCCAAAGGGUGUGUGUGUCAGCGGUCCGAGUACCCGCCCUAUGGCCUGAAUGUAACCUGCAGCCUGGCAGAGCUGAAGGAGAUCCCGUCGGACCUUCCUGCAGAUACGGUGUUCCUCCAACUGGAUCACAACCAAAUCCAUGCUGUGCCUGAGCGCACCUUCCAGGACCUAAGGAUGUUACGGCGGCUGAACCUGUCCCAUAAUUCAGUGGAGACGCUAGGCGAGAGCGCGUUUGUCGGCCUUGAGGCCUCUCUGGAGCUUCUGGACCUGUCACACAAUCGCAUUGUGAGCGUGCACAAGGACGCAUUUGCGCGGCUCAAGGCGCGCGUGCUGGUACAUGACAACCCGUGGCACUGCGACUGUGCGCUGCAGCAGGCGCUGGGCGGCAUGGCGCACAACCACGAAGCGGCGACACGCGUCUUGUGCCGCAGCUCUGAGCUGAGGGACCAGGAGGGACGUCCGUUCCUGGCAGUGGACGCCGAUUUGUGCAACUUGGCUAGGCGCACCACCGACUACGCCAUGCUGGUGACCAUGUUCGGCUGGUUCGCCAUGGUCAUCUCCUACGUUGUCUACUACGUCAGGCAGAACCAGGAGGAUGCACGGCGCCACCUGGAGUACCUCAAGUCUCUACCGAGCAAACCCAGGAAGCCAGAUGAACCAGAGGACAUCAGCACAGUGAUGUGACAUCGUUGUUUACGCCAAUAAGGCCUUGACUAAGCUGGUGAAGAGAAAAAAAAAUACUUCUGAUUCCGGAGAGCAAUUCAAUCUCAUUGAAGCUGAGACACCAACCAUAGAUAGUAGUCUAAUACUUACCGUGUGUCUUCUCUUUUUCCAGUUGUGCAUUACUGUUACGAAGUAUAAUAGGUCCAAUUUGUAAUACUUUUCCUAACUCUUCCUGUGUCCACAAGAGAUUUUAACUUCAAGAAGUGGCAUUAGUUGAAUAAUCACUAGCUCUUUAAAGAGAAGAUGGUGUAAAUGUCCUGCUUCAGACAUUGGAACGUGUGGUUUUAUGUUCCAGCUGGUAAAAUGCAAUCAAUAGCCCAUAUAAUAACUUACUCGCAUCUAUAAAUAUCUUAAUAAACACCUUUAUGACCAGUA